AGAAGGCGGCCCCGGGCAGACCGGGGCCCGGCGCCCCGCUGCCAUGGGCGAGGCGCCGGACCAGCUGCAAGGCUUCGUGAGGCGGGUGGUGGCGCUCGCUGGAGAGGACGUCUCGCUGCAGCAGAGGUGCCAUGGCUGGCUCCGGGCCAGGAUCAUGGCCUUACGGAAGGAAGGGGCCUUGGCUGGCAUGGACUGGGAGAGUGCGUCUCUGCCUUCGUUGGAGGAGGUCAGGGAGGCGCCAAUGCAGCCGGCGGACGCACCCGGCCUCGCGCUCGACGCGCACUUGGAAGGACAGCCUGCUGCUGCAGAGGCGCGAUUCGUGAAUGGGAUGGCACCUGGGGUGGUGCCGACAGAUGCGGCUGCGGCCCCCGCCGUGGCAUCCACGGAGGCGUCUUCUGCGGCAUCCGCGGAGGCGCCCGCCGUGACAUCCGCGGAGGCGCCCGCCGCGCUGCCUGCCGCCGCUGCCGCAGCGUCGCCUGCGCUGGCGAUGGCCGCAGCGGCGCAAGGAGUGGAGGACGGCCCCGACUCCGAGCCGCCUGACUUCGAGGACGAGGAUGACGCCGGCGACCCAGAUGAACCGCCGCAGUCACAAGUGGCGACCCCGAUGUCCAAGGCCGCCGAGCCGCCCGAGGCGCCGCCCGAGGUUACCUCCUUGCCCGCCUCUGCGGCGCCCACGGCCGCUGGUGCGGAGGGCCCCGAGGGCGCCAGGGAGGAGGAGGCAGCUGUGCCGAAGGGGCCCCCGCCGUCCAAUUGGGUAGGGCCAGACGCGGGCCAGGCUCAGCCAGAGGCCGCCGGCCAGCCACCGUCCGACCAGUCGCCGCCAGAGCAGCCGCCGCCGGCGGGGCCGCCGCCGCCGGCUCAGCACCCGUUGCCAGGGCCCCCACCUGCGGGGCACCCGCCGCCAGGGCAGCCACCGCUGGGGCACAUGCCAGGGCAGCCGCCGCCAGGGCACCCGUUGCCAGGGCACCCGUUGCCAGGGCAUCCGAUGCCAGGGCAGCCGCCGCCGCAUGGGCCAUAUCCCCCGCCGUACGGCGGAUGGCCGCCGCCCGUGUGGGGGGGGCCUCCCCAUGGCUUCCCGCAAUGGGGCGUGCCGCCGAGGCCCUUCUUUGGAGUGCCUCCGAUGGGCCGUCCGCCGUUGCACGGGCCCCCGCCCGGAGCGGCCUACCCGCCUCCCGGGGCGUACACCCCACCAGGCGCCACUCGUCCGCAUGGGGCGCCCUUGGCUGCAGCGCCGGUGGCCGCUGCCCCGCCAGGUGCUCCGCCAGCAGGGGCCCCCGCCGCGCCUGGCGGCUACGCUCCCGGCGGCUACGCGCCGGGCGGCUACGUGGCGGGCGGCUACCAGCAGCCCGCCGCCGGGCCCGUGGCGGUUGCCCCAGCAGCCGCCGGGACCUCUGAGCGAGACCGCGACCGUCGGCGCCGGCGCCGCGAGGGCCACCGCUCUGGCGCCAAGGAGCGCGCCCGGCGCCGGUCGCCGUCGUCGUCGUCGUCGCCGCCGCCAGCGCGCACGCGCCGCAGGCGGGCGGCCGAGCCGCGGGGGAAGUCCCCGCAGCCGACGCCGGCCCCGGCGCCGAUGCCGAAAGGUUAUGCCGUCCGCGUUAGCAACGUUCCGCCAGAGCUGACGGCACAGGACAUCGCGGAGGCUUUCCAGGAGGUCUCCCUGCAGCGCAUCGAGGCGGUGGACGUCUUCCGCGACGCGCAGAACCAGCCGACUGGCGAGGCCCUCGUGAUCUUCAACACGUACAGCGACGCCGAGAACGCUGUGCGCCGCUACCACGGCGGCGGCCUCAACGGGAAGCGGCUGAUCGUCGUGCACACGACCGCAUGAGGCAGUGCCCGGGUUCUUCGCUGGGCAGACGGCGGAGUGUGCACUUCGCCGUCUCUAGCCGGCGGCCGAGACCGAAGGCUGCUGCGUGGAGCGCGCGCGUGCGCGGCAGAUUGGUUGCAA